AUUAGGUAACUUAACAACAUGAUAAUGUCAUAUCGGGCAGUUAGCACCACUGGUGUCACCACCGUGGACUGCCAGAAACAAGUCCGGUCGUGGAGACUUCUCCGCUCUUUCAUGGAGCUUCUUGUUCCAACCUGCAACUGCUUCAUAGAAGAAAACCGUGAAUUCAAGGAAGAAAAAUAUAUAAACAAAUUCUUCUAUGAAAAUACUUCUUUCAUUUCCUCAUCCAUAAUUACAGGCACAAUUUAUGGCAAUCGACGAGGAAAAGUUAGCCUCUGCAUCCAAACAAUCCCUAAAUCCAUGAAUCCAAUUCUCCUCCUAGAAAUGGCAGUCCCAACGAGUGUUCUUGCUAGGGAAAUGAAGGGAGGAUUUCUUCGAAUCGUGCUUGAGUGUAACACAACGAGGAAAAAAGCAUUAGAUUCAAAUUCUCUCUUGUCUAUGCCCCUAUGGACCAUGUACUGCAACGGAAGAAAAGUAGGGUUUUCAGUAAAGCGAAAACCUUCCAGGGCUGAUAUAGAAAUUCUACGGCAGAUGGAAUCAGUUGUCGUUGGUGCAGGCGUUAUAAAGGGAAAGGAAAUUACUCGAAAUGAUGAUAUUAUGUACCUUAGGGGAAAUUUUGAACGAGUUCAUGGAUCCUAUGAUUCUGAAUCUUUUCAUUUGAUUGAUCCUGAUGGUAAUAUUGGGCAGGAGCUAAGUAUUUUCUUUCUCCGAUCGCACUGAGUAUCGCUUCCAUUGAAGAUAUGGAACCUGUAUAUGAAGUUUUUCGCUCUUUUUCCUCCAUGUUUAUGUCUUUAAAUUUGGGCUUGCAUGCCACCCUUUUUUGAGUCCUGCAUUUCUGCAUGGCUUUAUCUUCAUGUAAUUCUUGAUUGGGUGUUUAAGCAAACAAAAUUCUGGUGAUUGCAUG